AUGUUACGAAAUAUUCAAAUUUAUCAAGAAAGUGAUAAUACCUUUGAUGCAAUUAUUCUCGAUCCGCAAAGAGAUCAAAUUCUCAUUGGAGCAAAAAAUUCGAUUCUUCGCCUUUCGAUCAACGAUUUUCAUUUAUUGGAAAAAUUCAAAUGGGAUUCGUCGAUGAACGAUGUUCAGACUUGUCGAAGUCAAAUACAAUCACAUAAUCAAUGUGAAAAUUACGUUCGCGUCUUAGCACUUCGAUCUCGUGAUCAAUUAUUAUUGACAUGUGGAACUAAUUCUUAUCGACCAAUUUGUGCUUGGCGUCGACCAGAUUCCUUAUCAACAGUAAUUCCUCAUGAUCAUUUUCUGUCUGGUGAUGGUAAAUCACCCUAUAACAGUCGAUUUCCAAGUGCAUACGAACUAAUCGAAACAGGUGAAUUGUAUUCAGCGACGAGUAAUGAACCAGUAUUUGGUGUUAAUGAUCCGUUGAUACAAAGAAGUUUUACUGAAGGAAAGCAAUUACGAACGCAACAACAUGAUUCAAAUUGGUUAAGAAAUCCAUAUUUCAUUCGAAUAUUAAAUAUUGGCUCGUACGUUUAUACAUUUUUUCGUGAAGUUGCUCUUGAACAUCUAUCGUGUGGAACAAGUGUAUAUUCGCGUGUUGCUCGCGUUUGUAAAUAUGACGAUGGAACAAUGAAAUUCAGCGAUACAUUCCGAUCAUUUUCCAAAUUACGUUUGUCAUGUUCGAAGAAGUUUGCCGAUGAAAUCACUUCGUUUGAUUAUAAUGAAUUACAAUCGAUAUUCUUCGACCGAUCAAGAAAUUUCAUCUACGGUGCAUUCAAUUUACCCAAAAGUGGCUUAGCUGGAUCAGCUAUUUGCGUCUAUACAGUUGAUCAGUUAGAACGUGUUUUUACAUCCGCAUAUUUGACACAGAAAACGAAUGAAUCAUAUUGGUUACCUUCGACGUUGAAACAAGAUUCUGAAAAGUGUGAACCGCAUCAGUCGAGUGAAAUUCCUUUACCAUCUGGUCCUGUUCUACGUUCAGGUGUUCUACAAUCGUCGUUCGAGGCACUACCAUUAGAAAACAUUCGUAUUGGACAAUUAUUAAUUGAUCGCAUUAAUGACAUAACAAUCUUCUUUGUUAUUACAUUAAAUGGAUUUGAAUUAAGAAAAUAUUCAUUAAUAAAUCAUGAAUUAUGUUUAUUAGAACAGAUACAAUUAAAACCAGCGACGAUUCCCGAUAAUCAAUGGAAAAUUAAUCAAGCAGAAUUCCUUUCCGAAAGAAAGGAAAUUGUUCUUACGACAACUGUUUCUGUAUUGAAACUUUCCGUUGCGCGAUGUGAUCGCUUCAAUACAAGUAAUCUCUGCUUAGCCGCUAUGGAUCCUUACUGUACAUGGGAUAUCAAUCAACAGCAAUGUAUAUUAUAUACAAAAUCAUUGUCGACAUUUGCAUCUUCGUCUCGUACAUUGACAUGUCCUAUUCUUAAUACAACAAUUGAUGGCGGUUGGACAUCUUGGUCAUCAUUGUUUGUAUGUGAACAAGUAACAGGUGAAAAAUGUCAAUGUCGUACGAGAACAUGUACACAACCGAUGCCCCAAUUUGGUGGAAAGUCAUGUCAAGGUUCGAGUGUUGAAAUAACUCGAUGUGAAGUUCAUGGUGGAUGGUCGCCAUGGAGUGAGUGGAGUUUAUGUCCGAAGACAUGUGGGAAGACUUUUCGAACAAGAACACGAACGUGUACCAAUCCAGAGCCCAGAAAUAAUGGACGAUUAUGCAUUGGAUCCGAACGAGAGGAGGAAUCAUGUCCGGAAAUUAUGUGCUCAGGUGAAUCAACACGAUUAAGUUCUUGGAGUGAUUGGGAAACAUGCUCAAAAUCAUGUGGUGGUGGAAUACAAAAACGACGAAGAACUUGUGUACUAAAUGGAGACAAAUGUUCGGAAUGUUUGGAAGAAACACGAUCAUGCAACGAAUCGCCUUGUCCAACACAACAAGUAACACUAUGGAGUGAUUGGACACAAAUAGUAAAUCCAACGAGUGAAGGUGUUUACACUGAGAAACGUACGCGUUUUCUCUGUACAAUUGGCUCAUCAUUCGACAAAAAUUUACCAGAAAUCAGAUCAGAUUCAGUUGCUUAUCGUGUAUGCAGCACACAUGGAGAGAAGGAUUGUCAAGAAACAGAUUCGCUAGAUAAUCUUCGUUUCGAUAAUUGGUCUGCAUGGUCUAGUUGGAGUGAUUGUUAUCCAUCUUGUGGUGUACCUGGCGCUGUGGAAACUCGUCAUCGGACAUGUUUAGGCAAACGUUGUCUAGGCAAUGCUGUCGAAAAACGUGAAUGUGUCUCGUGUUCAUCAUCGUCAAACAACAAUUGGUCUUGUUGGACGGAUUGGUCCGAUUGCUCAUUAUGCACAUCAAUCCGAUUACGUUCGUUUCAAACUCGUACGCGUACCUGUUUGACAGGUUCGUGUCAAGGCGACUCACGCGAAGAACGUCUCUGUUCCAAAUGCCCAUCAUCGUCAUCUAAAUCGCUCUCUCUAAUCGAUUCAUUAAACGAAAAUCGUUUCACAUUGUUACAUUUAAUCUUAAUCAGUCUCAUUUCGUUCCUGUUAGCAUGUUUUAUUAUGCUUUGCAUAUUUGUACUAUGUCGUCGUCGAUGUCGCCAUCGACAUUAUCGACAUCGGCAAGCAUCGAAUACGUUUCUUCAUACGGAUGAACGAGACUACUUUCAAGCAUCUACAUCGAAUUCCUCGUCGAGUCCACAUACGACCCAAGAUUCGGAUACGUUCACAACAUUGUCAAAUACGAACAAUCAUACGAGUAAAUUUCGAAGUUUUGAUUCAUCUUCAUCAUCAACAAUGACAGGUGGUGUGAGUGCACUUCUUAAAGAAAUUCCAUCAAGAAAAUUGAAUAUGUAUAUUAAUCCUCGAGAAAUGCCGCCCCUACCUCCAGCUGCAACAUUGAAACGAACAUCGCUGAUGUCAUCGAUGAAGACAAACCUUGACGCCGAUGAUCUAUAG